GCUGCACUAGUAAAUAAAGUGAAAACGUCGAGUGCGCCCGUCCGCCCGUCUCUUCAGCCGUCAUCGUUGGCGUGUGGUCCGAAAGGGAGGCGGUGUUUGCCGUUCGCUGACCGCCGGUGGAUAGAUUUGCUAGCGGGAAGGCAACGAACUCAGUCUCAUCACUCGCUCCACUCCUUGCGCAGUGCCAGGCGACUUCGAAAAUCAUGCUAGUCCUCGUGCUGGGCGAUCUGCACGUCCCGCACCGCUGCCACAGCCUGCCAGCCAAGUUCAAGAAGCUGCUGGUGCCCGGCCGCAUCCAGCACAUCUUGUGCACGGGCAACCUGUGCACCAAGGAGUCGUACGACUACCUGAAGACGCUGGCCAGCGACGUGCACGUCGUGCGCGGUGAUUUCGACGAGAACCUCAACUACCCCGAGCAGAAGGUGGUCACCGUGGGCCAGUUUCGCAUCGGCCUGUGCCACGGCCACCAAGUGGUGCCGUGGGGCAACCCGGACAGCUUGGCACUGCUGCAGCGACAGCUGGACGUUGACGUGCUCAUCUCGGGACACACGCACCGCUUCGAGGCGUACGAGCACGAGAACAAGUUCUACAUCAACCCGGGAUCGGCCACCGGUGCUUACAAUGCACUCGAGAGCAACGUCAUUCCGUCGUUCGUGCUCAUGGACAUCCAGUCGUCCACCGUUGUCACCUACGUCUAUCAGCUGAUAGGGGACGAGGUCAAAGUGGAACGGAUCGAGUACAAGAAGUCCUAAGAGCCACCGCCUCCGUCGCAGACCGCCGAUUGAACGUUGCGCCGUUGCGUUCGACAUUCCUAUGGACCAGGGCGGCUCACUUCUGGAACCAACUCAUUCACGUUGUUUUUCCUUGUGUCGCUACCAUGCCAAAUGGCAAAAUGGGAAGAGCAGUGUGUGCGUGUGUGCGCGUGUGUGCGCGCGCCUGCAGUUGCGUUUUCGCCUACAGCGUAAUAGUGCUUGAAGUAUCGGGCUUGGCUUUUUGCUAGUUCGAUUGCAGUACUGCUAGAACCAAAAUUAGAGUCGGCAGACCCACGUGUGCCGUGCUCGCCUUUUACCAUUGUAUUUACAAUGAAUAUUGAAAAAGAAACAAAAUUAUGCAUUUGAAAGAACUGUUUGUUUAAAUUUUAACGUGUUGGAUCCUAUUUUUUGAAUGUGCAGGUUCUUCGCAACGCUUGACAGUCUACCUGCAAUUUGAAUAUUUAGUCACAGUAAGGACGGCCUAUGAUUAUUUUGCUUUCUCAUGCUUCUGUAUGUAUAUACGUGAAUGUUCAUUGAUUUCUUAUAUUUCCUGUUGUUCUCUCCAGUCACCGUCACUUAGUUGAAUGUGUACACUGAAAUUUCCACUUUAAUAAAGGAAAUGCUGGUUUAUUAGCUA